UCUUUGUUUGUUUAGUUGUGAUGUCACAAUAUUAUACAGGAAAAUAUACAUAUGAUAGGUAAUGUCACCUUGGAAUUAGCAAAUUACCUAUUUUGUUGUGAUUUUUUAGUUGUUUUCCAUGUCCCAUAUCAUAUAAAGACCAUGUGUUACAGGAGUCAAUUUUUGUUCAACAUGCAGUUUUGCACGGGUACAGAGCCAUGUUAUCUAAAUUAGAAAAAUGUCGUCAGAUCUGUACUGUACUACUGUGGACCAAUAGGCAACUUGCAUGUUAGACUAAUUUUUGAUCUUUGCAAAAAUAAGUAAAUUCCUGUAAAGAACUUAUUAAAAUUAGUAAAAUUGCAAAUUUGCUUACGAAAUGUUGUAAAAUAUGGAAAAUAUAGCCUUGCAAAGUUUGCAUAUUUUGUGUAUGUUUGUAUUACGUGCGGAAAUUGUUACCAUUUUUGAGCCGAAAAUGGUAACAAUUUCCGCACGUAAUACAAACAUAUACAAAAUUUGGAAACUUUGCAAGGCUAUAUUUUCCAAGCUUUACAACAUUUCGCCACCAAAUUUUGCCAUUUUACUAAUUUCAUUAUGUUCUUUUUAGCUGUGGUGUUUGAUUCCCUUCUCUUUACUUAGAUUAAAAUUUAGUCUAACAUGCAAGUUGUCCCUAGCUACAUAGUACAUGACUCUAUGUUAGGCAUUGCAUUGCAAGUUGCAGCAAAAAGUGCCUUGUGAAUCAUGCUUGCUUUAAUUAUGGUAUUUGUAUUAUUUUACUUCUGUAUCAUUAUAUAUUUUGUCGAAAGUCCAGGUUGCAGUUAUUACCAGUCCAAAUAUUUCUCUCGUGUUUUUAGUUCUUCAAAGCAGUUUUAUUGGGUCAAUGCUUUCGCUGCCGUACCAGUUAUUUGUUUUGGUUUUCAGGUACAUUUAGAAUACGAUCAAGUUUUUUAUUACGUCCGCUAGGAGGUUAAGUUUCGUCAGCAUUUGUUAGCCAGCGUUUGUAUAUCUGUGUGUGUGUUCGACGGUUCCAGCAAAGAUGGGUAUUAGUAAUUUCCAGACCAUUAGCCUCUGCUUGAAAUAUAAUAUUUACACUAGAUUUCCACGUUUGAGAUAUUUUUAGGUAGCUCAUACACAAACCACGGUAGCUUAUGGCAUCGGGGUCCAGUGAUGGUGGCAUAGUAUUACUGUAUAUGGGUGGUUAUUUUAAGAUGACAGUUCUGUACAUGUUUGUUUUAGUGCCACGUAACAUCAGUUGCAGUGUUAGCUGAGAUGCACAACCCUACAUUAAAAAGAUUUGCGAUAGUCACCGCGUUAUCGACACUAAUAUGUACUGUUAUAUACUCGGUGACAGGUGCAUAUGGAUUCUUAACAUUCGGUCAUAGUGUAAAAAGCGACAUUCUGGUGAAUUAUAACCCCAAGGAUGGCGCCGCGACAGCAGCUAGGGCCGUCAUUGUUGUGGUUGUUUUUAGUACCUACGCCAUAUGUCAUUUUGUUGGAAGGUAAGAGCAAUGAAAAUAGGUCUAUUUGACCAUGCUGCCAUACAGGAGCGUAGGAAAAUUCUAACUGGAGUGUUUUUAGAGUGUGGAUAACAUGCUGGGGCCGGUUGUAUAAAGAAGUAGUUAAAUUUAACUAUAGUUCAGGUUUUUUUCAGGAUUUUCUCUUGGGUCCGUUUUUGCAAAGAAGAUUGAGUUUAACUGAACAGCUGGGGGUCUUGCUCUUACUUUAGUGUAGUUGAGAUGCAAUGUGUUAAAGCAGGGGACUGAGGGACACUAUAAACUGGUUAAAGACGGUGAAUGCAUUGUUUUUCUUGUGUUGUGAAAUGAAUUCCAGCCAUUUUUUACUUAAUUUUCGGGUUUUCAACUGAAAACUAAUUUGCACACAUCAUGAAUUUAACUCAAACAAUUUCAUUUAACUGCACAGAAUCCUUUGAUGAGAAGAUUGAGUUUCAAAACUCAAUUCAAGAUUGAAAAAAUCCCUGAAAAAAACCCUGGUAGUUAGUGCAGAAGUUAAUUGGCCAAUAAGAAUCGCAUAUUUUAGCGUCAACUACAAUCCUGGAAAAAAAUUAGUAGACUUUUUCAAUUUCUUAACGUUUCCCCCUUUCCCCCUACACAAUGUUGCUAUUUAUGCGAUGUAUGUUGGAAAGUGACUUCAUUUUAUUCAACCUUGUUCCGGGGGAAGGGGGAUUUAGCAUUCAAGAUCAUUCACUAAAUUACUUAGGGGAAAAUGUACGAUUUUAACACGUCAUAAUGUAUUUUUGUGGAAUUAAUAAAUAGUCUCCAUAUAUUUUUUCCAGGAUUGUACUAUUUAGCCCCAGCCCUUUGAGUUGUUAAAUUUGUCUUAUUUAGGUCAGCUUUUCUUGGUCUCUGGAUAAAACUGCGAAAACUGACAGUACACGAGAUUGAAGUUUGGGAGAACAAACGCAGAAUAGUCACUUCGCUAGUUUGGUUUUUCUCCAGUCUUGGUUUGGCGAUUGUAGUUCCAACUAUAGGAAAAGCGAUUGCGAUCGUGGGAGGAUUUGCUGCACAUUUUAUUUUUACAUUUCCAGGUGGGCUUGUCUUGUUGUGGGCUUCUCCUGUUGUUUCGUAA